AUGUCCCAGCCAAUCUGUCAAUUCUCUGAUCGACUCACAUCAGCACUUAACGCAGCCCAAGAUACGUCUUUGACACAUACACAUACACACGAUGAAGAUUCAUCUAGACCACUAAGUUAUUCUUCUUCGACGAAUGAUCUGUCUCCUGCAUACCAUCAUUCUCACGAUCAUGAUCAUAAUGGACAUUCUCAUUCCCACGGUGAAGGCAUUUGGACACCGGACGAACAUGGUCAUACUCAUGAACACUUGGAACAUGCAGGAAAAUUCUCUGAACGUGAUAUGCCAGAUUACUCGGGGAGGGAUUGGGAAGAACGUGGAUUCACAAUUGGUAUCGGAGGUCCUGUAGGAUCUGGUAAAACCGCUUUGUUACUCGCUCUAUGCAGAGCUCUAAGGGAUGAAUACAAUAUUGCCGCGGUAACAAACGAUAUUUUCACACGAGAAGAUCAAGAAUUCCUGAUCCGAAACGAAGCUCUCCCCACUGAACGUAUCAGAGCGAUCGAAACUGGAGGCUGUCCACACGCAGCUAUAAGAGAAGAUAUUUCCGCGAAUAUGGGUGCAUUGGAAGAAUUACAAGUUGAAUUCGACUGUGAGAUGUUAUUCGUGGAAAGCGGUGGAGAUAACCUAGCUGCGAACUACUCUCGAGAACUGGCCGAUUAUAUUAUUUACGUGAUUGAUGUUAGUGGAGGUGAUAAAAUCCCUCGUAAAGGUGGACCUGGUAUUUCCCAAUCUGAUUUACUGAUCGUCAACAAGAUUGACCUUGCUCCUCAUGUGGGAGCCUCAUUAGACGUGAUGAGGCGUGAUGCAGCCAAAAUGAGAGAAAACGGCCCCACCCUCUUCACGUCCAUCAGGAAUAACGAUGGUACACAGGAUGUCAUCGAUGCUAUAUUGAGUGCUUGGAGAGCGAGUGGAGCAGCUGGUAAAGAUGGUAAAGGUAAAGGUAAAGGUAAAGCCGUCUGA